AUGACCGCCUGCAAUGCUAGCAUGAAGGGCUCGUCGCAUGAUCCUAUAGAUCUCGUUUCUGAUGUUUCUGAUUUCUCUACGGUACCUCAAUCUUCUCAUCUUCGACAGUCUAUGACUACACUCCCAUUGAUAUCAAAUAUCGAAAGACCUCCGACAACUGGCAAUCAAGAGAAUGCAGUGCAUACUGUGCCACGUCAAACUGGCUAUGAGACCACCGAUUCACUAGUUCACCUCCCCAAUGUUAAUACUGGGAUCGAGUUCAUUCCCAUCGAUCAAACACCAUCCAAAGAGAUCGAUUUUCUAUCAAUGCUUGACGCCCGAGACUCAAGAGAUCAUCGAGGAUUUCGGGGAUCAAGUUCGAACUACCCAUCAGCUUCAAGCAACUGGGAAGGCCAAGGACUGAUUGAUCCCCAUGCAGAGACUCGUAGCGGCCCCAUUAUCGAUUAUCAACACUUGGGUAAUUACGGCCAUUUUCCAUCUAACGAGUGGACAAGCUCAAACCGACCAUGGUCAAGGCAAUCCGAUCGCCGUGCUGACGACGGAACGCUGGAUUUAAUCAACAAAGUAGGAAAAAGAAGUCCCUCAACAGAGGCCUCGACCAGCUCCGACCGACCAUGGAGCAACCCUGGAUUGUCCCAUCAGCGGAGAGCCCUAGGACGAGAUUGGAUUCCAGCUUCAAGUGGGCACGUGCCUACGCGCCUGUAUGAUGGAGACCAACAUCCCAGUACUUUCGAAAGUCAACUUCAAGAACCUGUGUACAAAAAGACGAAGGUUGAUGAGCGUUCUGUGGAAAUUCAAUCGAUUAUCCAAGAACCGGAACUGGAAACCAAGGAUUUUUUGAAUAAAAUCGGCCAAGCAUCGGGAAACAGUGUGCAAAUUUUUCAUAACCUUGAUACACCUGAAACGGUGGACUUGAUAUCUACGAUCGGGAAAGAAUCGAGGACAGGGACUUCGGAUACCGAUCAUGUCACCAAACCAAAGGAGGACACCUCCCAGCAAGAAAGGUUGCACGGGGCAAUGGAUUUUUCUGGUCAAGUUAACGAUCACAAACACCCAUCAACCAGUGCCGGCCCUUCCCAUUUCGAAAAGCUGGAGUUCGAUGCUAAUAUCUUUGCGAUCGAAAAUCCAUCACCGGAAGACAAAAUCAAGAUCGAUGAGAUCCAGAAAUUGGCAAAAAGCUCACCGAACAAGAGAUUAUUGAUCGAUGGGUUUGAAUGGAGGGAUGUUUUUCUUACAUUUCGGAAGUACUAUUUACUACCGAGAGAUAAACUGCAGGAUGAAGUCCCAGGAGGAGGGAUAGUGGUUCAAGUCGAUGAGUAUGAUCCAAAUCAACUUUCAAGGAAAUCAGUUUUGAAUUCCAGCAUUUUAGAAAUCACAAAUAAUCAAAAUUUAUGGGUCGAGUUUUGGGAAAAGAGAAACACUCAAGGCGUCAAGAUUUUCAAUACGGAAAUGACUCAUGUAGAAAGGGCAUUACUGGUAUCCUUAUUUUAUAUCGAUAUGAUUGAUACAAUCAUGCCGCCUAUCGAUCGGAUUGGAUCAGAAUAUGAACACAAAUCAGAGAUGCUUCAAGGGGUGAUAGAAAUGUUUGAAGAUUUCAAGAGUUCAUCUGAAAACUUCAACAAGAUAUUAACCAACAGAAAAAAAUUAUUAGCAGCCUCAAAAUGA